AUGAACGCUUUUCAGCCAUUGCUGGUGGUGGUGGCAGUGGCGCUCUGCAGUGUCAGUGCGCAGCAGUCAUUCCGGUACGAGGAUGGCAUUCCGGAUGCGCGAUGCCCAAUGUACGACAACCCGAUGAGCCCGGUUCAUCUGGCGGUGGCGAACGACUGCUCCAAGUUCCAGAAGUGUUUCAAUGGGCGCGCCUUCACGAUCGCCUGCCCGCCCGGGCAGGAGUUUGGCGAGCAGAUUCAGCGCUGCGACUACCCGGUGUUUGCCAAGUGCCGCCAGGGCUACGCGCAGCCCGAGCCGGCCGAGUUCCGGUACGAGGCGGGCAGCACCGAUGUCCGCUGUCCCCGGUUCGACGACCCCUUCCAUCCGUCCCAUCUGGCGAACCCGACCGAUUGCCGCAAGUUCUACAAAUGUUUCGAUGGCCGUGCUUUCGAGCUCCAGUGUCCGGAGGGGCAAGAGUGGGGCAGCGAACUGAACCGCUGCGACUAUCCGUUCCUGGCUCGGUGCACCGCAAAGCGAGCCGAAGAGCAGGCCAAGGCCAGCGGCCGACAAGAUGGCUCUGAGGACGUGGACCCGACCGGAGCCGAGCAGAAGGAGCCGGAACAAUUCGUUCGGCCGGCUAAGGCCGAGUUCAGCUACAGUGCGGGCGUCAUGGACGCUCGCUGCCCGACGUACGACGAUCCGUACCGACCGAUUCAUCUGGCCCAUCCGACCGAUUGCCGCAAGUUUCAGAAGUGUUUCGAUGGCCGCGCCUACACGAUCGAGUGUCCGCCGAGCCAGGAGUUCGGGGUGCGCAUCAACCGCUGCGACUACCCGCAGUUCGCGCAGUGCUCGCUGCAGAAAUCGCGCAAAAGCGUCGGCAAAGCGUCAGCCUACUACGAUGACUACUACGAGGAUGAGGAGGACGAGUUUCCGAUCGAUUCAGCCGAGUGGACCCCGGAGCAGCGGGAGAUGGUGGCCGGCGUCGUGGAUGGCCGCUGUCCGGCGACGGACGAUCCGAGCGAGCCGAUCCACUUCACGCACCCACGGGACUGCGGCAAGUUCUAUAAGUGCUUCUACGGCCGGGCGUUCUUGAUCCAGUGCCCGAUCGGCCAGCACUGGAGCGUGCGGUUCGAUCGGUGCGACUACCCGAAGGUGGCCAAGUGCACGAUCCGCGGUAGCUGA